UUUAACAAAUUCUCUUUGGACUACAUAUACUCUACGAUUUGCAAUGGAUUUGAAGCUCUUCAAUUUGAUUAUAUAUUAUUUUCUAAAACUCAAUAUGAAGACGUUGGUGUCUUUCAACUGUUGGGAUAUGCAGACCCAACUAGCUUUUUACAAAUUAACCGCAGAGAAUUCCUUUUAUAUCGACUAUAUUAAUCUGAAUGAUUCUAAGGCUAUACAAGGCAUAGAGUACCGAUUAAUUGGUAAAAAGCCAACUAUGGGGAUCUUUAUGGAUUUGAAUUGUGACAGCGCCGAGGAACUUCUGAAUAUUGCCAGCCAGGAGCGCCUCUUCAGUGACCAUUUCUUCUGGUUGAUUUACGAUGACUUCGCUAAUGUAACAUACUUUCACGCGCUCUUUAGGCGUCUGAAUCUUGCUGUCGAUGCCGAAAUCACCUACGCAUUUUUGAAUAGCCUAGAAGCUGACUGGAAUAGCACAGCCUACUCUAGCUACACACUUUAUGAUGUUUACAAUAAUGGCUAUUAUUAUGGUGCCAAAUUGAAUAUGACGUUGGAUCGUGAGAUAUAUUGCACUGAUGAAAAAUGCUUUGUCAAUAAAUAUCUCUCGAAAUUGCAUUUACGCAACAAAUAUGGUAACAGGAAUAGAUUGCAUGAUGCCACACUGCGUUUGACUGUGGUGGUCACAAAAGUGCCUUUAACUAGUUCACCCGAGGAGAUAUUUGCUUUUCUGCGUUCGGUUAAUGGCACCAACAAGGAUGCUAUAGCACGUUUCGGUUUUCAGGCGCUGUCAGUUUUGGUAGAUGUUUUAGGUUGCAAAGUAAACCACACAUUUGUCAAUCGCUGGACGAUCAAUGAAACACAUGGCGGCCUCAUUGGCGCCUUGGCCGUGCAAAGCGCUGAUUUCAUAUCUACACCCUUCAUACCGACACUACCACGCAUGGAGUUCUUCACAAUAACUGCUGAGACCUCGUCCUUUCGUUCGAUCUGUUUAUUUCGUACGCCACGUAAUUCCGGCAUACAGGGUGACGUUUUCUUGAAACCUUUCAACACCACCGUCUGGACGCUUUUUGCUUUGCUGCUAUUACUAACGGCUGUAGUGUUAUGGAGUAUCUUCAGAUUGGAGCGUUAUCGCAUGUACAAACGUUAUAUCGAUUAUAUGCCGUCGCUCCUGGCUACUUUUCUCAUUUCCUUUGGUUCCGCUUGCAGUCAGGGUAGUGAUAUGGUACCGGGUUCCAUGGGUGGGCGUAUGGUAUUCUAUACAUUGUAUUUAUUAACUUUUCUAAUGUACAACUAUUACACGUCUAUUGUGGUUUCAUCGCUGCUUGGCUCGCCGGUCAAAUCCGACAUCAAGACAAUGGGUCAGCUCGCUGAUAGUUCCUUAGAAGUCGGUCUGGAGCCUUUGCCAUUCACGCUGACCUAUUUGAAUAAUUCUCUGCUACCGGAAGUACGCCGCUUCAAACACAAAAUAGACUCUGUACCCAAUCCGAAAGCCAUUUGGAUGCCUUUGGAAAAAGGCAUACUGCGUGUGCGUGAUCAACCGGGUUUCGUUUUUGGCUUUGAAGCCUCUACUGGUUUUCUGCUCGUCAAACGUUAUUAUAAACCCUAUGAAAUAUGUGACCUGAACGAAAUACUCUUUCGUCCCGAGAAGAGUCUGUACAGCGCGGUGCAUAAGAACUCCAGUUUCAAAGAGAUUGCCAGGCAAAAAGUUAUACGCAUUCUGGAGACAGGCGUCAAUUUGAAGUUACACCGUUACUGGGUGCAGUCCACUUUGGAGUGUUUCGAUAGCAAUUUCAUUGUUGAAGUUGGCAUGGAGUACAUGGCGCCACUAUUUAUGCUACUGGCAUGCACAUAUAUUUUGGUGCUUAUUAUAUUAUUGUGCGAAAUUUUGCACAAAAAAUAUUGGGCAGAACGGAAAAUGAGAUUGGAGAAUAUAUUGUUUGGUGAAAAUUGGCACAAUGAGAACCCACGCAUCAUAAGUUUGUUCAUCGAAAUGGGGCAACUGCUCUUAAAUUUUAUACUGCAUCAUUUUCUAAAUGCAAAUGUUAAUUCGAUUGUUGUACUAAACUGUUGGAGUUUGCAGACUCAAUGUGACUUUUCAAAAAUGCUGAACGAGCGCUCAUUGUAUUCUAGAUUUGUAAAUAUCGAAACGCUCGAUUUGUCAAGCGACUUUGAAUACCGUUACUUACUACAUAAGCGGCCAUUAUUGGGUGUAUUUUUUGAUAUGAAUUGCAACAGAGCGGAGCAAGUAUUAAAUAUCCUUAAUCAAAGCCGCCUCUACAAUGGACACUACAAAUGGCUGCUCUACGAUCGUACUGCCGAUCUACGCAAUUUCAAACGUGUCUUCGAUGAUGCUAAUAUUGGCGUGGAUGCAGAGCUUACUUACGCCAUCUUGCAGCCAACACUACUCGGCGCAUUUACCGACGUCAACCUAACCUCAUUUGUAAAAUACGAUGUCUACAAUAACGGCUACUUUUUAGGUGGUAAACUGAAUAUGACAGUUGAUUGUGAAGUUGAAUGUAAUAUGAAAACAUGUUACAUCAAGCGUUAUCUUUCUAAACUACACACGCGCUCUAAGUAUGGCAAUCGAGACAAAAUGCCUGACAUAACAAUGCGUGUGUCUGUGGUGGUCACUAAAUUACCAUUGAGUACACCGGUGCCGGUGCUUAUUGAUUUUCUCAAGUCUGAGAAUAAUUCGAAUGUUGAUCCGAUAACACGUUUUGGAUUUCGCAUUUUGUUGCUUUAUAAAGAUUUAUUCGGUUGCAAAAUGCGUUAUACCUUUCGCUCUCACUGGGGCAUCAAUGAAACUUACGGCGGUGGUAUUGGCGACUUGGUAUCGUUUAAGGCCGACUUCUUAUCGACACCUUUUCUCAGCACAGCAGAGCGUAUUAAACAUGUCUCACCACUUAUCGAAACCGGUGGCUUUAGUUCGGUCUGUCUCUUUCGUACGCCGCGCAGUUCCAGCAUAAAAGGUGAAGCAUUUUUGCAACCUUUCGAUGGUACGGUUUGGCUCGUUUUCGUCGUACUAUUGUUAGUGGUAGCAGUGCUUUUGUGGCGCAUUUUCGCUUUGGAGUUAUGUAACCUCCGCACCCAUUUGCCCUAUAAACCCUCGUUGCUGGCAACAGUGCUCUUGGCUUUCGGCUCGGCUUGUUAUCAGGGCAGCAGUAUUGUACCCUCUUCGGCAGGUGGACGUAUGGCCUAUUUUUCACUCUACUUUGCCACUUUCAUAGUAUACAACUACUAUACGUCGAUUUUGCUUUCAACACUGCUUGGAACACCGCCAAAAUCCGAUAUUAAAACAUUGGGUCAGUUGGCUGAUAGUGCUUUGCCGGUUGGCUUGGAGCCCUUGCCCUACACAUAUGUCUAUUUGAAUGCCUCCCAGUUGCCCGAUGUGCGUCGAUUUGUGUAUCGCAAAAUUGAGUUGAGUAAAUAUCCGCAGAAAGUCUGGAUUUCGGUUGAAGAGGGUGUUUUACGCGUGCGUGAUGAACCUGGUUUUGUUUUUGUGCUUGAGACUUCAUAUGCUUAUCCCUUUUUGGAACGUAAUUUCCUACCUCAUCAGAUUUGUGAUUUGAACCAGGUUAAUUUGCGUCCGGAUAAAAGUCUCUUCACGCAGCUGCACAAGAACUCUUCAUAUAAAGAACUAACGCGUUUAAGCGCCAUACGCAUGUUGGAGACCGGUGUUUUCCAUAAGCAUCGACGCUACUGGGUUAGAAAUAAAUUGAAUUGCGUACCGACUAAUUAUCUAUUCGCCGUGGGCAUGGAAUAUACGGCACCACUCUUUCUAAUGUUGGUUUUCUCAUAUCUCAUAUGCCUCGUAAUACUGGGCGUGGAGUUACUCGUUAAACGCUUUUAAGAGUGACACUCUCUCUCUCUAUGAGUUAAGUUUUUGGAUUUUUAGGUAAAGCUACGGUUAUUGUGGGAUUUAUAUAACUUGGUGGAAUG